AUGAUCGCUUUAUUAUUCGUAUCUUUAUUCGGAACGAUUACUUCGGCGUUUUAUGUCGAAGUGGUACCCGUAAGCUUUCCUGAUUUAGGUCCCUGGCAGUUGUGCCAUAGCACCCGCCCUGCACAAGGAAAAUACGAAUUAACCCUUUGGGCGAUCGAUAUCGUCUCUACAAGUUGUGAAGCCACCAAGGGGGAUCCACAUUUUCAGUUACAUGAAGAUGUUGAUCCGGACCUUGGGAGGUAUGCUUUGGGGGGUGAUAAACCUAAAGCUCGGGACGAACGCGAAGAAGAAAUCGGGAAUAGAAGGCUAAAGCCCAUGAUAAUGACGGAGAAGAAUCUAAAUGUGGCGCUGACCUAUCAAGUUGGAGCCGUCGGGGACGAUAUUAUUGCUUUGUUCGAGCCUCGGAGAUAUGGGUCUGAGAUACCGGAGGAACCUGUUAUUGGAGAUGUUUUGAAGUUUGUGGGUGGUUCCAACGAUCUUCUCGAUCAGAAUGAACUAGGUCUACAGAUCGACCUUGUCCAAACCGAUGCCGGCGAUGUAUAUGCCGGCAAAGAGAAUGCCGGUAGGAAAUCAAUUUUCCGAAGCGAAUCGAACCCUUCUCCAGAUGCCAACUCCCCAGAGGUUAUAUUCCGAAUUUCCAGCCCUCAACGCAUCUACGAAUUAAAUCGAGAAAUAUUAGCCGCACAGAGGAAGCCCAAAAAGGGGUUUGCGCCAAAGGAGGCAGUCAAGAAUUUCUUUGGAGGAAUUACGAAGUCUAUCUCUAAUAAAGUAUCGAAUGCGAAGGAGACUGUUAAAUAUGGGUUGGAAAGGGGGCUGGCAAGUGUUAUGGGAGGUGAUAGGAUGCAUAUUCAUGGGCUUGAAGAGACUUUCGAAGAGGAGAAGGAGCAGGAUGGUGGGCGAAAAGGGGACUCGGAAGAUCGGAUUACAUGGCAGGAUCGAUUUGGGAACGAUCAGGAUGAUAACUGGGAAAGGAGGCUUGCUAGAUUCUAUGGGGAGGGAUCAAAUGCUGGUAAUGUUCCACAGCUUUAUGAUAAUGGGGAAGAAAAGGAAAUGAAGGAUAGCUUGGAGGAUAUAGAAGAGGGCGGUGAGUAUUACGGUGAAGGAAGGAUAAUCGAUCCUGGUAUUGUUCAGGGUAAUUAUAUUGAUGGGAUCAAGGUUGAAGAGAAACCGAAGAGUAUGGAGAUUUUCGAGGUGGAGCAAGGGAAGCCGAGUCCUAAUUUAGGUAGUAGAAAUCAAGUCUAG